GAGAGUGGUUAGUAACUUGGCCAGAUUUGUGAUGCUAAUACUGACUCAAAGUUACACGGCUAGUCUAGCGUCACUAUUAACUGUCCAGCAACUCCAGCCUACUGUUCCAGAUAUAAAGGAUGUUCUAAGGAAUGGGGAUAACGUGGGCUUCACAGAGAAUAUUUACAUCAACGAACUCUUCAAACAAGUAGGUUUUGAUGAUUCCAAGAUAAAGAUGUUUUGAUCUUUGAAGAGUGUAAUGAACUUCUUUCGAAAGGAAGUGCAAAUGGUGGUAUUGCUGCUGCUGUUAAUGAAACACCCCCAGCAUGAAGCUUUUUCUUGCAAAAUAUUGUACCAAAUGUACCAUGAUCGGACCCCCUAUUUAAAGCCGCUGGAUUUGGUUUCGCCUUUACGAAGCGUUCUCCUCUUAUACCCGAUCUUUCACAGGCAGUCCUAAAUAUGACCCAAGGAGAGGUGAUAAUGAACAUUGAAAACAAAUGGUAUAGUGUAGAAAAGAAUUGUGUAGAUAACUCAAACCCAAAGGUGGCUAGCUACAGUCUUGGCCUUGCUAGCUUUUGGGGCCUCUUCCUCAUUGCCGGGGUGGCUUCAAUACUAGCUCUCAUCAUAUGUGUAGCUUCCUUCCUUCACAAGCAUAGACACAUCUUGAUGCACCCUGAUGAUUCAAGAGCCUCUAGAUGGAGAAGGAUUCGAGCCAUGUUCAAGAUGUUCAACGAGAAAGAACUCAGCUCUCGUAUGUUUAAGAGCCCUCAACAGAGAGAUGGCAUUGCUGGUGCUGGUGGUGAGGUUAAUGCUGCUGCUUCACCAAACAACAACUGGCCAGAAAGUCCACGCAGCUAUAUUUCGAACCACGCAGACUUUGCAGAGCAAGCAACACCAUCUAAUGGUCAAGUAUCUCCAGAAAUAGUUUCAGCUGUUAACCAUGAGUAUCACAAUUGCAAGAACUUGCUGAAGCAGCUUAAUAAUACAGUUAAUAUAAAUUUUCCCACUUCUGGUGUGACUUGUAUACCCAAAUAUCAUCCAUGAUUUUGUAUUGAUACAUUAAGUCAGAUGGUCUUGUUAUACAGAGUCUCCUGGGAAAAGAAGCAUUGUAUAUAACUUCUUUGAAGAAAAAAAGAGACUCCUGUUUGGCCUGUGGAGGGUCACCUGCCAAUGCCGAACGCGGAAAAAGAGUGGUGGCGAAAAACAGAAAAGAACAAAUACGAGGUUUUGAUGACUUCAAGCUUCAGGUUUUUAAAUCUGUGGAAGAAUGUGAUAAACUUCUUUGAAAGAAGGCGAGUGAAUGCAAAUGAUGGCAUUAGAUGGGUUCACAUGAUUGAUUUCUUAAAAAAAAAAAUUAAAGGAAUGAGUUUGGCCUUGCAUUGUUAAAUGAUGGUAAACAAUUAUAUUAUAAUGAAUGAUCUAUGAAGUUUCCUUCCCUCAGCCUAUGCGCCUAUUGACACCUACUUU